UUUCGGCGCUCACAGUCAACGAGUGCCCAACGAUGAGGACGACACCGCAAGAUCAAUGGACGUGGUUCCUGGUGUUCGCGACGGUGUUCCUGUCGUUCUACAUCUUCACGAGCCCGUUUGUCGAGAACCGCGAACUCCUCGACAGAUGGACGCCGUACGUGUACUUCUCAAUGGGACUGUAUACGUGGCUGUUGUCUGCGGUGGUGGUACAUGUCCCGUUGACAAAGCUUGGCAUGAUGGACUACGACGUCAAGCAACCGAUAUCGCUCUUUCUGCCCAUCUUCUUCAGCUCUAUUGCCAUCCUCGCGGUGUUUCAAGCCGUGUUGUACUUUCUCAAGUGUUUUGGCUUGGUCUCUCGGCUGUCGAGCGUCUCAUGGAAUCGACUGGUGAUGACCAUCCUUCGAAACAGUGCCGCCGUGAGCGUGUCUUGCUGCAUCUUGAUCGUCCAUUGCGAUGCGGAGGAAGAGGACGCCAACUUUCCUAAAACGUACAACCGACACGCAUGUGACCACGUGUUUGGAGUCGCGAGUUCCCGCAUCCCUGUGCCUGCUAGUUACCAAGGGGCGCUGUACAUUUGGCUCACGGGCAUGACGUUGGCGAUGAUCAACUUUGUGUUUGAGCGCAUGGUGGGGUUCCAAAUGUUUUCGAUGCAGUGGCACCGCGUCGACGACGACGACGACGACGACGAAAACAACAAGCACGCGACGCUCCCGCCCGACCACGCGCUGCCCAUGGUCCCGUGGUACUCGAUGUUUAUGUUUGACACGGGCUUUCAGCUAUUGAUUUCACUGAAAAUCUUCCUCGGUCGCUUCGACAAGCGGACGAUGCAAGCUGCCCUGCAUCCAAACUACAAGGACUACAUGUUUGACCAUUUGGCGCACAAGGACGAGCUCUGGUUUGACUUCAUGGCGGACUGCGGCGACGGGUUCAACAGCAGCUUCCAGAUCGCGCGCAUGUUGGCGCAACCGCACUUGAAGGUGAACGUGCCAUUGUCCAACUCCAAGUUCCCGCGGGAGGCCGGUGGGGCGCUCACGCUGCCGCGCGGGGACUGCAUCGUGCUGGGCGGUGACCUGGCGUACCCGCACCCCGACGCGGACUCGUACGAGUCCCGAUUUUGGCGUCCGUUUGAGUACGCGAUGAAGCCUCCGAUCUGGUAUGACCCCGCGGCCGUGUCGACCAAGAAACCAGCGCUGCCUCCCCCGUGUAAAUUGUUGAAAGAAUACGCUGGCCCCACAUGUUUUGCUAUUCCGGGCAACCACGACUGGUUUGACGGAUUGAACACGUACAGUCGGUUUGUAUGCGAACGGGAUUGGCUGGGCGGGUGGCACCUGCCCCAAGACACGAGUUUCUUUGCGCUCAAGUUGCCCCACGGGUGGUGGGUGUUGGGGUGCGACUUGGCGCUCGAGCACGACAUCAACGUCGAGCAGUUUGCAUGUUUUGAGGCGAUCGUGGAGCGUCACAUGGGUCCAUCCGAUCGCGUGAUCGUCGUGACCCACGAGCCCAGUUGGAUCUUGGACGCGUACGAAGGCAAUAAAAGCGAAGAGAAGCUGCAGUACCUCAUCACGUCCAUCCUCAAGGGCCGCGUCGUCGUCCGGCUGGCGGGGGAUAUUCACAACUACACCCGGCACUCUCUCGUGGAGUCUAACCACGUGUCCGUGCCUGCCAAGAAGCAGCGUCCUUCACCUGCUCCUUCCAAGCUGUCGGUCCAGACGACCUCUGAAAACGUGCCGUCGCUGUCGCCGUUCUCGCCCGUGACCAAACACUUUCCGCACAUGAACUCCCACGAUACUAUCAACCCCAUCCAGCUCUCCCCUGACAGAUCAAACUGCUCCGCCGCUUCUGGUGUUCCGUCCACAUCGCCUUCAUCCAAGGCGGAAGCUGCGCCCGUGCAUUUGAUCGUGUCGGGAGGUGGCGGCGCCUUCUUGCAUCCGACCCACGUGCCCAGCGGAGACAAUUUAGUCGCAUCCCAUCGCCUCUACACGCGUGCGUCGUGCUACCCGUCGGAAAAAGUGUGCCGGCGCUACGCAUUGCUCAACAUCCUUGGGUUUCGACGUCGCAAUUGGCGCUUUGACAUUGUCGGGGGGUUGGGGUACUUUUUCCUCGCGUUUUCCAUGUUUCCGCGGUGCUCGGUGGGUCAAAUCUACGAGAAUGCCGAGUGGACGGACGUGGUUGUGAACUUUGUGGCGGACCUGUGGACCGUGCACUAUCAAAUGCUGACGACGUCCUACUUGAGCUUGGCGACCUUUUUGGGUCUUGUGGUGGGCCACUGGCUGUUUGCUGACUCGACUUCGUCUGCCAAGCGCCUGGUCAUCAGCGUCGCAGCGUCGCUCUGUCACAGCAUGGCCGCAUUCAGUGUGCUCAUUGCGUUCGAAUCCAUGUUCCAAGCGGCAUCCGAUCGGGGGGCUUUGGGGGGGCACGACGGUGGUGUAGAUGCGUUGUACCAGUACUACCAGCUCCAUGUCCCCGACAUGGUGCAGCUGCUGCGACCGUUCGAUUACUUUGGGCUGAUCCCGCUCUACUCGGCCUGCGUCAAGUACAUAUUGACUGUUUUUGAUGUACCGCAAGCUGUCGCCAUCUAUCGAACCAACAUUUGCCAAGCAGGGUUCCACUCGUUGGCUCGAAGUGAAGUAUUGGUGUACUAUUACUCGGUGUUUCUAUACUUUUGGGUCGCGGCGACACCGCUGUCAGGCAUCAUUGUGGGCGUGUACUUGUACUUGGCAGUAAAUGUGUUCAAAAGCCACUACAACGAAGCGUUCUCGGCGCUUCGUGUGGCCAGCUACAAGAACAUCCUUCGCCUGCAUAUCAAACCCAACGGCGACUUGGAGAUGUUUGCACUGGGGGUGGACAAAAUGCCCACGAAAUGGAUCCGCGACCCAGCGUGGAGUGGCACGGGACAUAAGCUGGCGCCGUCAUAUGAAUGGAAGGUGCCAAGCUACUGGAAGCCCAAGAUGAGUCGAGUGGACAACAUCCUGCGCUUCGAUAUGGAGGAAGAAACAUUCGACCGCAAACUCAACUCGGAGGACCGAUCCCACGUCAAACUCGUCGACUACGUGCUGUACCCAAAGAACUAGGUGCAUUGUGGAUGCGAUAUAGUACUCAUUUCCCAGUUGAAUCACGAAUCGACGCUAUUGGCUAAUCCAAUAUUGAUUGGAUUUGAUUGGCUCGUAUAGAA